CUUUGCUCCGCCCACAGAACUUUGCUGCUCUCGCCGCCCGUCCCAACUCGCGCCUCUACGCUCUCGACUGGCUAGGAAUGGGGUCGCUCCUCCCGUCCCACAUUCCACGUUCCCUCCUCAGCCAUGCACUCAGAUAAGACGCGCGUGGAAGCCGCCGAAGGCUGGUUCGUUGAGAGUCUAGAAGAGUGGAGGAAGAAUGCUGGUAUCGAGAAGAUGACGCUGGUGGGACACAGCUUAGGAGGGUAUCUGAGCGUGGCGUAUACGCUGCGCUACCCCUCUCGCGUCUCUCGUCUGGUGCUCGUAUCUCCAGCUGGAGUAGGCUUGCCGCCCGAGGAGCACGGUCAAAAUCAAGGCGACGGCCACAAGAAUGAGUCUACCUUUGCGCCCAAGAAUGCUACGUAUGUCCCGGAUGCCUCGCGAGGCAACAUCGAUGCAGAUGCCACCUCUGUGCAUUCGCAGGAUGUGGAGCGCGAGGUCCUCGAGUCGCAAGAGCACGCAGGCGUACCAGCGAACAAGGUUCAAGCUGAGCAGGACGCUCGCAAGGUGGACCAGCAGGCCAAUGGAGCUUCCUCAAAUCAGCAGCAAAAGCAGUCCACCGACACAGGUCCCAAGAGUGCUCCUCCCCCACCGCGCUUCUCUCCACGCACACGAGCCGUCUUCUCCUGGCUUUGGGAGCAGAACUAUAGUCCCUUUGGUCUACUUCGCACCUCUUCCUUCCUCGGACCCUGGCUCGCAUCACGCUACACUUCUCGACGCUUCUCCGCUCUGCCCGACGGGGAGAAGAAAGCAAUUGCGGCAUACACGCAGGCGAUUUUCCUCUCAAAGGGAAGCGGGGAGUAUUGCCUUGCCCAUUUGCUCCUUCCUGGUGCGUGGGCGAGAUUGCCAAUUGCUACGAGGGCAAAGGAGCUGAAGAGGGAGCUGCCAGUGAGCUUCAUCUAUGGAGAGAGCGAUUGGAUGGACGUUGAAGCUGGGAGGGACGUGGUGAAACGGCUGAGGGAGUGGGGCAAUAUGGGUGGGGGAAGGACGUUCAUCGUGCCCCAUGCGGGGCACAACGUGCACAUCGACAAUCCGAGAGCAUUGGACAGACUGCUGGGGAGGAUACUAGACGCAAAGGCAGAUGUGAGCGCUACGAAGGCGGUCGUCUGAGGACUAGUCAGUCAGGCAAUCCACCAUCAAACUUCUCCCUCUCUUCUUGGACUCGUCAACCUCUUGUAUUUUCUGCACGAUUGUUCUCGUCAUUGC